AUGAGGCGAUCCGCCAUUUUUUUCGUCCUAGGUCUUUUGGCUUUAACCACUCUCACUUCAGCUGAAAUAUACUUAAAAGAAACGUUUUCCGACGAUGACUGGGAAAAGAAAAGGAAAGCAGAAGAAGAAAAAUUAUGGGAAGAAACCAGAGAACAAAGA